AUUGUCCCACCUCAAAUUUGCUCAUAGCUUCUGUACGGGUAAUACGACUAGUCGUAAUGUAGGCAUUCAUAGAAGAGAUCAUUUGAUAUGCACAUCUGUAGUUCGACCGACUCAAAUGGGUCCCACAACCCAACUCUGUGGCCACCAACGUCCAAUAGCAUUUGCCCCUCUAUGCAAUUUGGCCAUAUCCACACCAACAACAACAACCAAACUCCCCCCCCAAACUACCAUGCUCCCUUCCUCCAUCCGACCCUUCUCACCUCAUGGGCUUCUCAAUCACCUCACCCCCGCCCACCCACAUUAUCUCCCAACACCGCCCCCACCACCACCACCCACGACCCGACCCUAAACACCUCCCUCUCAAUUUGACCCGCCGCUCUCUCCUCCUAUCCACAACCACUUCUCUCUCCAUCUCCAUUCCCACCACAGCAACCUCUGCUCCUACUCCUUCUCCUCUGCCUCCCUCUCCGCCGGACACCACUGUCACUGACCGGGUUUUUAUGGACUUCAGCCUCUGCCCUAACUAUUUCCGACCCGAAAGAACAUUUGCUGAUGACAUCACCUCACUCUGCUCCGAAUCCGUUCUUCUUGGUCGGGUCGUUCUCGGCCUCUACGGCCGGCUCGUCCCUCUUACCGUCGCUCAUUUCAAAUCAUUGUGCACCAAUACGACCUCUUCUUCUAGUUACAAGGGUACUUUGGUCCACAAGGUUUUCCCUGGUCAGUUUCUCCUCGCCGGCCGCCAAGGUGAUAAGCCCGGCGAAGUUCGUCGUCCCAAGGGUUUGGCUCGAAACGUCGAGACUGUGGACUCCAAAUCUUUCGCUCUGACGCACUCCAAACCUGGCCUGCUCUCGCUUUGUCUCUCCGAAAACGACGACGAUGAGGAUAUUAAGCUCGACCCAGAAUACCGAAAUGUCGAGUUCUUGAUCACCACCGGUCCUGGACCUUGCCCAGAGCUUGAUAACAAGAACAUUGUAUUCGGUUCGGUACUUGAAGGUUUGGAUGUGGUGACAGCCAUUGCUGCCAUACCAACUUACAGACCAGCUGAAAGGAUUAAGCAAUUCAACGAUUUGGCUGAGUUUUUCGGGGACGAAAGAGCUCAGAAUGCUCGUUCGAGCUGGAACAGACCUCUUAAGACUAUUUUUAUCAGUGAUUGUGGAGAAGUCAAAGUGACAAAGCCUUCACUUUCUCCUCCUAGUCUACCUUAACACCAUUACACCAACCAAAUCAUUCAUUAUUAUUUCAAAUUUCCCAUGGUGGUAACAAUGCUUCUUUCCUUUGUCCAUAUUUUUAUUGUUUUGUAUAUCUUUCUUGAGAAAAGGAUUUUGUUCUACUGAGUUUAAUGCAUGAAGAAAUGAAAGAAAAAUAUAAACCAGAGUUCAAUACUAUAA